UCAUGACAAUGACAGUAUUGACUUAUUGAGUACAUAUCUGUAAAGGAAAUAUUUAUUUUUAUUUUGAUCGUCGAGGUUAUAAAUUUUUAAAUACGUAAAUUGAAUUUGUGUGUUUAUUAAAACAAGUAAUAGUGGGAAAAUUUACAUAAUGAGCAGUACGCGAUCAUUAGUUUUACAGACCUUCAAAAAGUUACACAGAACAAGAAUGAAAGUUUUUGCUGGAGACGAAAGAGCAUUAGUAGCUGGAAGACUUAAAAUUAAUGAAGAGUUUCAAAAAAACAAACAUGUUGCUAAUGAAGAAGCAAUAAAGGCUAUGAUCAAACUUGGUGAAGAUGUUGAGAAAGAGCUACGGACACAAGUUAUUCAAGCUCGGGAAGUCAAACCUGGGGUAUUUGAGGCAAGGAUCACCGAUGACACAGUGAAGUUAGAAAAUAUACCAUUCAAUGACAGUGCAGUAUUAGACGAUGGGACAACUGUAAACAGGCCAUGUUGUCAAGACAAAGCUCAAAAUAAAUAGCUACUAUUUAUUACUAUCCAAUUUCCUUGAGGAAAAUGCGAAUUAUUUAUUUAGAAAACUGUACCUAAAUUGAGUGUUACUUAGUUAUUUUUGUUAUUUAGUUUUACAUAUUUAAGUUGUAAAUGAAAUUAUGUAGCAUAAUAGUUUAUAAAUAAAAUCAAUCAAUUUGAAAUUUAACUAGACAAA